AUGGAGUUCACGCUCACUUUCGGCGCGGUCGGCGACUUCAUCGCAGUCAUCGAAGUCGUCAGAAGCAUCAUUGUCGCGCUGGACGACUGCCGCGGCUCGGUCAAGGAAUACCGGGAUGUUGUCCAAAGCCUCGAGGUUCUCGAGAAGACACUCCAGCUGGUGGCCGAUCUCUACGAAGACCAAAGCCCUACCAACGAUCUCGGCGACCUGAGGGCGAUUGCCAUGCGCUGCGUCGAGCAGAUCCGCCUAUGCCUGCAGGGAUUCGGCGAGAAGAUUCAGAAGUUUGCGCCAAGCCUUUCAAACGGGGGAACGAAGAACGUGUUCAAGGACGUGGCAAGAAAGAUCCAAUGGAAACUGGAGGAGAGUGACGUCGACAAGUUUCGAGCCGAGGUGGCGGGGUACACGUUGUCACUGAACGUGCUCCUGGAAGUCACCACAGCGCGGGUUGUUCAACGAAACCACAAAGCGGCGAUCCAACAAGCGGCCCAAACCGAAAAUCGAACGGCAGUCAUGAUUCGUAGCUCGAAUCAGUCCCUGAAGGGAUACUUUGGCAUGAUUGGACGAAGGAUACUCUCGAGACUGGAUUUCAUUUCCAGGCUGGGCAUCGAGUUGAAAAGCUCCACGGCUCAACUCAUAUCAAUGGUCCUCACCGUGUCAGCGGAGCUGAGCAGCAUCAGAACAGUAAUCAUGAGGUUGGAGCGCCCCGUUAGCGAGGAAUUUUUCCUUCUCGAAGACGCGACUGGGAAAGUGUUUCCUAUUCAUCUGAGGACCAUCACGUCUUGGGAAGCAUUCGAGUACAUCAUUGUCGACCGGUUCAAGGGCAGAAAAGGUGCCCACCGGAUUCAACGCAAGCGUUACUCGUUGCAGAAACGGGCCACCCGCAGAGCAGUCGACCGUUCCGUAGACUGGGACAGCGCAUUCCUACCGUACCAGAAAGUCGACAUGAGCCUGAUGUGUAGAGAAGCACAGAGAGCCACGCCGACAAAGUCCUCACCCACUUGCCCCCGAUGUUUCACGGAAUCACCUGGGGAGACGGGUGUUGAGGUACAGUGGUGA